AUGAUUUUGGACAAAGUAAACAAUGAUAAUAAUGAAUCAGAAAGUGAAGAUAUUGAUGAACCAAAAAUUAUUGUGACUAUUGUGAAUGCUUUGAAAGCAGUAAAUACAUUGAUUGAAUAUUUUGAGCAUCAAAAUGAUUUAGAGUUUAAUGAGAAUUAUUAUAAAAAUUUAAAAAAAUAUAAGAAAG